AUGUUGGAAGGAUUUGAUGCCAUAUUCACAGUCAUCAACAGGUUCUCUAAAAUGGUCCAUUUUAUUCCUACCCAAUCCACAUCAUCUGCCAUAGAUAUAGCCAACCUUUUUAUGUCAUACAUAUGGAAAUUACAUGGAUUGCCCAGAAGUACAGUAUCUGAUAGAGGUCCAAACUUCAAUGCCAAGUUCAUCAGACACCUGUAUAAAAGAUUGGAUAUCAAGCCCACAUUCUCUACAGCUUAUCACCCCCAAACAGACAGCCAAACAGAACAGAUCCAACAGGAGGCAGAAGUCUUUAUUUGCAUGUUUGGGAAUCAUUGCCAAUCAGAUUGGGUUUCACUAUUGCCCAUAGCAGAAUUUGCCCUCAACAAUCUAAAACAAACAUCUACUGGCAAAUCACCCUUUCAAUUGUUGGCUCUGACAUGCUAUGGGUUAAAUCCACAAUUUUCUGUUGGACAAAAAUUAGAUGAGGCAGUUCCCAACGCAGACAAACAUGCAGAGUUCCUAGAAAAAGGGUAUGAUGAGGUUAAAGUGGCACUCUCCUUGUCACAAGAAAGGAUGAAAUACUUCUACAAUCAAAAGCACAAGAAGGAAGAAGAAAUCCAAGUAGGGGACAAGGUCUGGCUAAGUCAUCAAAACAUAUCUACCAAUAGACCCUCCAUAAAACUUAGCCACAAAAAACUAGGACCCUACUUAGUGAUUGAGAAAAUAGGAUCCCACGCAUAUAAACUUCAAUUACCUCAUACUAUGUGCAUACAUCCUGUCUUCCAUAUCAACCUCCUUACAAAAUUCCACCCUGAUCCUCAUGGACAUGAUCCUCCCCAGCCUCCACCUAUCAUUACAGAAGAAGGUGAGGAGGAGUAUGAAGUAGAGAGAAUCCUGGACAGUAAAUGGAAAGGACGCAGCAAGACAAGGAAAUUAUGGUACCUGGUUAAAUGGAAAGGAUAUGAUGAAGGAAGCAAUUCAUGGGAACCAGUUGAUAAUGUGGCCAAUGCCAAAGAAGCAAGAGAAGAAUUCCACAAGGAACACCCUGAUGCAGUUGGAGCUUGA